AUGGACAACGUCGAAGCAAAGAUGGAAAAUUUAAAUGUAGCGAAUAAAAAAGCGAAAGAGGGGAAGAAAUCAAAGGGAAAGAAUGAGUGUUGUGACGUUAAGUUAGAAGUAGGUCGAAAUUUAAAACCAUUUGUUUAUAUUAUAAAAUCAGGUUGAUAUACAGUAUCUUUUAAUUAAAAAGUUAAUGAUUGAUCCUGUAGCAACAAGCUUUAAGUUGUAUUUGUCAAGAAAUAAAGGUAAUAUGAAGUUGUUUUAGUCGUGUGAUAGAGGGGGGAUUUUAGUUGUACAAACUAGAAAUUUAUAUGUUUAUUUAUAUUCCCACGUGGACAGCCCAUAUACCAAACACAAAUCAUCAUUGCUGUCAUUGUUUAUAAUAUUUUGGUAGUUUGAGAGGUGUUUAGUUGGUUUUAAUGAAAUAGUGCUUGUACUGAUAUGGGAAGUGUAAAGGUUUUAACUCGGUGUAUUUCAGUAUUAUUUGCAAUUUUGUAUGAAUCCAUGUUGCAUCAGCUUUUCAGCUGACCUUUAUUAUCAUAACAUUGGCCUGAACAUUGUCUGUGCCCACGUGAAACUUUUGUGUUUGUGAAGUGGGCUUAAACGGUUUUAAUCUGUUCAGCCAAUCAUGUUUAAGUAUAGCCUUGCACUGAUUGGCUGGAGCUAAUUAACAUGUGCAAAUAUUUCUUAGAAAUAUUGAAGUUUCUCAUGAAAAAUCUGUGAUUAACCGUCUGGAGAUGCAACCAACCAUAUCUGAUACAAUGGACCUUUCCCCUUAUAACUAAAAUUUUGAUCUAGACAAAAAUUUUGUCACAGCAUGAAAGAGCAUCACAAAAUUAGUAAUAUUCCAAGGUUUCGUUGCAAAAUGUUGUAAAAUGCGGAUAAUAUAGCCUUGCGAAAUGUGCCGUUUUUCAGUCAUUUUGUAUUACACAUGGGAAAUUGACAGCCCAAUCGGGUGUUGGGGCAUGUCUGAAAAUUGCAAGUUUCGUAGGGCUAUAUUUUCCGCAUUUUACAACAUUUCGCAACGAAACUUUGGAAUAUUACUAAUUUUGUGAUGCUCUUUCAAGCUCUGAUGAAAUUUUUGUCUAGACUUGUUUAGAUCAAAAUUUUAGUUAUAAGGGGAAAGGUCCAUUUAGUCAUAAAUAUGUGAUUCUUACUUAGUUAUGUCAUAGAAUAUUAAACGUUCAAUAAACAAUCGUGCUUCCUGUGAUGAACAAAAUUGUCUGCUGUUUAAUAGACAGCAGGGCUUUGCUUGACAGUUAAUUGCACCCUACUUUAUUAUUUUACUCUGUCUAUAAACACCAGACAAUUUCACUCGUUAAAGGGAGAGUCACUCGGUGGGUUAAAUUAAUUUAACUUAUUGAAUUAUUUAUUAGAAUAAUAUUUAAUUAUAAUAAUUAAAUUAAAUUAAUAAAAUUAAAAAAUAAUUAACAAAUAAUAGAAUAAAUAAUUUGUGAAUAAUUAAUAAUAAUAGUUAAAUAAUAGAAAAUAAUUGAAUUAAUUAAUAAAUAAUUAAAUUGAUCAAUAUCUAAUUAAUAAUUAUUAUAAUUAAUUAAAUACUAAUUAAUUAAAAUUUGUUUAGUUAAAAUUUUCAUUUAAUAAAUUACAUGUUAAAUUUUAACAUUCUUAGCUGGACCCACCUCCAGAGUUUCUGGCUGAAAGAAUUCAGAUGUUUGAACGGUUGAAAGCAGAAUAUGAUGCUUCAGUCGCUGGUAACUUUGUAUAUAUUCAUACAUUCAUCAGUCUAUAUUUCAUUAAAUUUAAAAUUUAAAAGUCUACAUAUUAAAUGUUUAUUCCAGCCAAAGCCACUGAAAACAAGCCAAUAAAGAUCACAUUACCUGAUGAUAAACAGGUUGAUGGUGUCGCUUGGAAGACAACCCCUUACAAAGUUGCUGCUUCAAUAAGGUAAAUGAGUCUGAGCUUUUUGACUGAAAUAUAAAACAACGGUAACUCCGAAAAUAAACAUUUUAAUAAUAUUCUAGCUUUCGACUAAGAUUCAGUCAUCAUCAGGAAUGAUGCUAGGUUACAUUACAUCGAUAUAUAUAUAUAGUGAAGAUUAAGUAAUUUGAUAUGUACAGAAACGAUUAGUUAAAUAUUACAAGUUCUUUUGAUGCCUUAGUUCCGUGAUUAAGAUCAGGUUUAAGUCGUCUAAUGGCAAGUGCUUCCUUAAAUAGCAAUAAGGACCAAUGAUCAGCUCUGUCAUGAUCAGCUCUGUCUCUCGCUGAUCAUUGGUCCUUAUUGCUAUUUAAGGAAGCACUUGCCAUUAGACGACUUAAACCUGAUCUUAAUCACGGAACUAAGGCAUCAAAAGAACUUGUAAUAUUUAACUAAUCGUUUCUGUACAUAUCAAAUUACUUAAUCUUCACUAUAUAUAUAUAUAUCGAUGUAAUGUAACCUAGCAUCAUUCCUGAUGAUGACUGAAUCUUAGUCGAAAGCUAGAAUAUUAUUAAAAUGUUUAUUUUCGGAGUUACCGUUGUUUUAUAUUUUAUUAAAAUACUCAGUGGUUCCCGUAAUUUUUGACUGACAGUCUGCACUUCUUGAAAUCUCAUAUGGUACUUUAAAAUAAAUCUUUAAUUUUUAAUAUUUUGUUUUCUUUAGCCAGGGGUUGGCAGACCAUACUGUCAUUGCAAAGGUAUCAAUAUGAGCUAUUUAUCAAUAUCAUAUUUACUCAGUGAUGGAUUUAGGGGGGUGCGGGGGUGUGCACCCCCCAGGCUCUGGUCAACAGGGGUGCAUGGGGUGUGCAAAAAUAACGUUUAUCCCAAUUCUAACCAACUUAUGUUAAGGAAUUCAGUUGCGUAUCACUAGUUGACAAUAGCGGAAUAGCCAAUAUUAAAUAUUCUGAAUUUUAAAUGUUUUGAGAAUCUAAAAAUUUUCCAGAAUGUUUUCUCAGAAUGCUGCAAAUGCCAUUUCAGAGACCAAAUUUUAAAAAUUUUUCUGGGGAAUAUGCCCCCGGACCACCCUGGAAAUCUUGCGCCUUUGGCGCUUGUUUCGCCAUUGGUUAGCACCCCCCCCCCCCCAAAAAAAAACAACUUUGCUGGAUCCAUCACUGAAUUUACUUGAGAUUUGGACCUUCUAAGUAUAAUUAUUCUGUAUUUCUAGGUGAAUGGCGAGGUGUUUGACUUAGACCGACCAUUGGAGGGUGACUGUAAACUGGAACUUUUGAAAUUUGAUGACAAAGAAGGUAUAGUUAUUGGGAUGAUAAUGAACAUCACCCCUCUCCCAUCAUCACCACUACCAUCAACACCACCACCACCAUCAUUGUGACCAUCACGGUUGCCAACUGAUAUCACCAUCACAGCCACCAAUUACUGGUAUCACUAGCAUCACCGCAACCACCACCGUGAUCACCAUCAGUGCUCCCACUCCCACAAUCAUCGUCACUGGUCACCAUCACCACUACCAUCACAGGCACGGAUUUUCUGGGGGGUGCAGGGGGCUGCGCACCCCCAGAAAUGAUUUGCACCCCCCCCCCCAGAGGCAUUUGGCACCACCCCCAAAAGUUUUUGCACCCUGCAAAUUAUAUCUAUUUUGAUUUGAUAGUUUCAUAUUUGAUUAUUCUUACUACUAAAUUUGUAAAAUUACCAAUAUUAUUGUCUCAGAUCUCGCCAUGCAGGCCUAGAAAACAGAUUUUGUUAAACCUUUUCCUUGGCUUUUUCGGGCAUAGCCACCACGCCCCGGCCAAAGCAAGCAGCAGCACCCCCCCCCCCAGAUAUUUUUCCACCCCCCCGAACGAAAAUAUGAAAAUCCGUCUCUGUUAACCAUCAUCAGCACCUUUGUCACCACUACCAUCAUCAUCAUUUACCAAUAGUUCACAUUUCAUAUACCAACAGGUCAGCAGGUAUUCUGGCAUUCAAGUGCUCAUAUCAUGGGUGAGGCUAUGGAAAGACAUUAUGGCGGAUUGCUCUGCUAUGGUCCUCCCAUUGAAGAAGGUUUUUAUUACGACAUGUUCUUGAAUGAAAGGUAAAACCUAGUAUUCAGUAUCGAUAAAUUAACCGUAGUUUAGUUUCCUCCUGUAAUAAAACAGUACACCAAAGAAAUGGCCUUCACAAUUAAGGCAUCCAAAGCUUUUAAAACUAUCAAAAUGGCAAUAAUAAUAAAAAAUAAUAAUAAUAAUAAUGGUUUAAUUAAUAGCAUUUUCACAUUGUGGCUAUUCUAUGCUACAAAAGGUUACAUGCACACAUUAUGACAACAUUAAAUUACUACAAUAUUAUAGUAUAUUUAAUAGAGACCUUUACUUUACAAGAGAUAAUCAAACGACAAAAACGAAACGAAACAAUGGACACAUUACGUAACAAUAUAAACACAUUGUAUUUCAUACUAAAUGUUGCUAAUCCUGUUCAUUGCUAAGUCUCUGAAAUGAGCGAAACAAUUUCGGCAACACUCUCUAAAGUAAAUAUAAAUAAUAAAAAUAAUAAAUAAUAUAAAUAAUCUAAAAAAAAAAAAUAAAAAAAUAAAAAAGUAAUUAGUUAAUUAACUAAUUAAUUAAUUAUUUUUUUUAUUAAUUAAUUAUAAAUAAUCUAAUUUUCUGACUAUUUUUUUCUUCAGACAAGUAUCGAGCAAUGAUUUCCCGAGCUUGGAAACAAUCAUAAAAGGGAUUGUGAAAGAAAAACAGGAAUUUGAAAGACUUGAAAUGAAAAUAGAAGAUCUGUGUGAGAUGUUUAAGGUGAACACACACAUUGUGUAUUUGUAUUGGUGGGACGUAGCAUUCCAGGACAGCAAAUGAAAUCACUGCAGAAAUAUUAACACUUAUAGGUUGAGCGAGAACAUUUAACUUCAUCUCUCAAUUUUUUUAUUGCCCACCAAGCACAAGACACACAUUUAUUUUCUCACUGUCAUAACUACCACCACCCACUGGCCUGUAACUAUUGCUAAAAUGUCUAAAAUUACACACACACCCCCAUAUACCCAGUUUCAACAAAUCUGUGAAACAAGUUACAAUCUGUGAAACUGGUUAUAUUACUGUAUGAGAUGCAGUAAAUAAGAUGUCUAGGUGUUCUUUCAUCUAGUACAAUCCAUUCAAAUUGCGAAUAAUAAAGGAGAAAGUUAAAACGCCAACUACUACUGUAUACAGGUAAGAGUAAGCUAUGUUUGUUCAAUCAUUAUGAAUUUUGUAUUCCAUUAAAGUGGCUUUAACCCAGGUUGACAAUCUUGCCAUGAUCCCAGCAAGAUCCCUGAAUUCUAUUAUAGAACUGUUAUAAUCUUUGUUUUAGAUGUGGGCCGUUAAUUGAUCUAUGUCGGGGCCCACAUGUACGCCAUACUGGGAAGUGUAAAUCUAUUGCUCUUACAAAGGUAUGAUAUGUCUGUUUUAAAAACAGGUUUUCCAACAAACAGCAAUCUUUAUAGGAGAUACAACUACCUGAAACAUACAUGUACACAGAACUUCGACGCUUUGAGCAAUUUAGACACUUCAUCAGGAAGUUAAUUUUGGGACAAAGAAAUUCAUUUCCGUAUACCUGUAACUUAAACUUCCUGACAAUUUUUGUAUUUGUUCUCUUUUUUAUAGAAUUCUGCCACCUAUUGGGAAGGUAACUGUGAAGCCGAAUCUCUACAGAGAUUAUACGGCAUUUCAUUUCCUCAAGAUAAACAAGUAAUUUUUCUUCCUUAUUACGUCCUUGACAUAUGUAUACCUUGAAUGGGACAUUUAAUCAAGAUUUAUUUUAUUAAUUAAUGUUUUUACGUAAAUUUCUAGUUGAAAGAAUGGAAGAAAUUCCAGGAAGAGGCUGCAAAGAGAGACCAUCGCAAAAUUGGACAGGUAUUAUGUGUUUUUUAUGGCACUGUGAUUAGUAAUUGUGUUUUUCAUCUCUGUGAUAUGCAUUUUUCUGACCAUAAUUUUGUCUGAGUCGUACAAUAGCCACUGUAGCAAUGCUGGACGAUUAAGUGACCGCCCUUUAUUAGAGCUAUCCAGUAUAAAUAAUGGUAGUUUAGGUUUCCUCCUGUAGUAACACUAGACCAUUACUGACCUUACUGUAUCUCAGGGGAUUGAGCUUUUUCAGUAUAAAUAAUAAAAAGUUUCCAUUUCAUAUAAAUAAAUUCAUUUGAUUAUUUUUAGGAGCAAGAGUUGUUUUUCUUCCACGAUUUAAGUCCAGGCAGUUGUUUCUUCCUUCCCAAUGGAGCGCACAUCUAUAACACGUUGAUUAAUUUCAUUAAGGUAAAAUCUUGCAUCGCACAUGCCGUAUAAAUCCAAGUGAGAUUUUGUUGGAAAAAUCUUAUCUACAAUUGUUUGUAAGCAUUCAAACUGUGUGUUUCAUUCUACAGGAAGAAUAUUGGAAGCGAGGUUUUCAAGAAGUGGUGACACCGAAUAUCUACAGUACCAAACUAUGGGUGACGUCAGGCCAUUGGCAACAUUAUUCUGAAAAUUUGUUCAAAUUUGAAGUGGAGAAGGAGGCUUAUGCUCUCAAACCGAUGAACUGCCCAGGGCAUUGGUAGGUUGUGUUGUGCACCUUACCACCAUACACUAUAUGGUAAAUACACCAUACACAGAAGCCACCAAUCCCCCAAAUGGAGUUUUUUAUGUUUUACCCUCAUUGUUUACAACUGUCGAUAAGUUGAUGAUAUUUUCUUCAGUCUUAUGUUUGAUCACCGACCUCGUUCGUGGCGAGAGCUUCCACUACGCAUGGCUGACUUUGGGGUACUUCAUCGUAACGAGCUGUCAGGCACAUUGAGUGGCCUAACCAGAGUAAGACGUUUUCAACAAGAUGAUGCUCAUAUAUUUUGCACCAUGGAACAGGUGAUGCUAAUAUAUUUUAUUCUAACUUAAAAGUAAACAUAUGAGUGUUAACCCAUUGAGUGGCAGCACUCUCCACUUGACGAGUAAAAUUGUCUGGCGUUAGACAGAGUUGGGCGCAUCAGGUGCAUUGCCACUUAAAGGGUUAAGAGGAUGCAUGGGCAUGUUUGGUUAACCCAUUGAGUGGCAGCACUCUCCACUUGACAAGUAAAAUUGUCUGGCGUUAGACAGAGUUGGGCACAUCAGGUGCAUUGCCACUUAAAGGGUUAAGAGGAUGCAUGGGUAUGUUUGGUUAACCCAUUGAGUGGCAGCACUCUCCACUUGACGAGUAAAAUCAUCCGGCGUUAGACAGAGUAAAAUCACAGUUAAUAAAAGUAGGGUGCAUCAGGGUGCAUUGCCACUUAAAGGGUUAUUAAUGAGCUAAAAGUUGAAUGGUUUACUUUAUCUCGGCAUCACAUGAACUUGUGGUUAGAGCUCGACAACUGGCCUCUGUAGCUCAGUUGGUUAGAGCACUGCACCGGAAUCACAGGACCGCAGGUUCGAUUCCUGCCAGAGGGUCUAUAGUUGCAAUUGUAUAAAAUUUUCUACUCAAAAUUUUCAUCUACAACCACCCUUCAACUCUCAGUUCUCUCACACAAGAUGUUCAAAAAUCUCUGUAUUGUUCAACCUUUCAUAAUCGCAUGCAUUUUGUUGUUUAGAUCCCUGAUGAAAUUGAUGGAUGUCUAGAUUUUCUCCGCGCUGUUUAUGACACGUUUGGCUUCACCUUCAAAGUCGAACUCUCCACAAGACCUGAAAAAUACAUGGGAGAAUUGGAGAAAUGGAAUGACGCUGAAAAAGUAAGAUAUCCUGUUGUAAAACUCAAUAAUUCACAGUGGCGAAGCUAGCCACAGGUCAUGCAAUGGAAAUUUUUAAUGAUUUGCAUUAUUCAAAUGUUUGGAAAUGUAUUGUCUUUAUCCUAUUUAGAUGCAGAUUUAUUAGCAUAGCACGACCAGUUACCAUGGCUAGCUUUGCCACUGAUAGUUCAUGAAGAAAAUUCAGAAAAAAUGAAUGUUUAAUGUUGUAUCCACAUGCACAAAAUUUUCCUCAUUUUCACAAUCUUUCUCCUCGAUUUUCUCAGUUAAAAUCAUUUCUGUUUUAAAAUUGUUUAAUUAAAUCCUUGCUUCUCACAAGCUUUUACAAUAUGGUCUCAUGCUGUAUAUAUUAUACUUGUACCCUAACGUACCCCCAUGCCUUGCUAUAGUGGAUCAUUACUUGUACCUUAACGUACCCGCAUGCCUUGUACUACUAGGUCUAGUGGACUUUGUAAUGUGCUAGGAUCCUACAAUGGACCAUAGUAGUGAUAGCACUAUAAUCUACAGACGUGUCAGGCUAUCAUUUUUUUUUCAUUCGCCUUUUUGUAAUUUCUAGAAACUUACUGCCGCUCUGAAUAAAUUUGGUCAGAAAUGGGAAAUUAACCCAGGAGAUGGAGCUUUCUAUGGACCAAAGGUAAAACAUGAUUUCCUUGAACUGUCUGUGCCAGUCUAGGUAAUGCCAAUAAAAUGAACAAGCUUUCCUUGGUAGGGAUGAAACUUCCUGAAAAUAUAUAAGGAGAAUUUCGACGUUUCGAGCGAAGGCCCUUCCUCUGGAGUUACAGUAGGGAGUUUACGAUCUACGACGCGGCCGGCUCGAUGACGCGCUUUCAAAACAAGGAAAUUUGGUGUUUCCACAAACAAUAGUAUUAUAUGUUUUAUUGCCAUGCAAACCUACAAAGAACUUACAAAGAAAUUUGUCAUGCAAGACAAAAACUGUGAAUAAUUCGUGGUCCCAGGAGUAUUGUCAACCGCGUUGUCAUUCUCAACACAACGUUAAACAAACAUUAUUACAUCUUUCAGUCAACGUGAAAGCUUAAUGCGACCUAAGAGGUGUUACUUAAAGUCGAAAUUACAGCAAACAUUGCAUCGCUUCAGCCGAACGUAGCAGUUUGUAAGGUUAUUUGAAAAAGCGUGAAAUAUUUUUUACAGUAAUCAAAUUGCUUACCGCUGAUUCUUGAGCUGAAAUUUAGACCGCGUCGUUGAGCCGGCCGCGUCGUAGAUCGUAAACUCCCUAAUAACUUCAGACGAAGGGCCUUCGCUCGAAACGUCGAAAUUCUCCUUAUAUUUUUCAGGUAGUUGCAUCCCUAUCAACGAAAGCUUGUUUAUUUUAUUUUCUUGUUCUAGAACGUGUCCGCGAUUACGUACCUAUUUUUUUACAAAUUUUGUUAAUAGAUCGAUAUUCAGAUUCUGGAUGCAUUGAGACGUUCUCACCAAUGUGCUACCAUUCAACUUGACUUCCAGUUGCCUGAACGAUUUAAUCUUUCCUAUGCAAGGUAUGUUGGAGUAAGGCUAUCAUUGCCAAAUAAUGGACUUCCUGACCUUGUAUUUCUAAAAAUCAUUAAAAAACGCAUUAAUAAUUCAUCAGGAAAAUUCAAAAGAAAAGAAUGUUUAAUCAAUAUUUGUAAAUCGGAUAAAGAUUUGUCCUGAUUUACAUAAACGUCAGCUAUGAUUUUCUCGGCUUAGACAAUGUUUAUUUUUAAAAUUACUUCGCCAAUGAACUCAUAAGAUUGGUCGUUUUUUAAGCACGUUAAGUCCGUUCUCCACUAGGCGAAUUUUUUCGCGCGACGCGAAGCGAAAAACAAAUUUUGGCAAUAUGAUUGGUCACCGAAAAAAUUCGCCGCGAAAAAGUUGAACAAAAGUAUCAUUCGAAUUUGGAGCUACCUGUAGCCUCCUUGCGGUUGCUCAUUUGAGUUGGGCCAGGCCGGCUAGCCGGGAUGAAGCGUCUCACGAAAUGUUUUCCUGACCAUAAAAGAUAUCGUUUGAAUGAACUUUAUACUGUUACUAGAAUCAAACUAAGUUAAUUCAACUUUGAAAUGUCAUUUUGGAUGAUUAUCAAAGCCGUGGUAAAAACUUUAUUGAACGAAUCAUUCCCCUGUUAACCGGACCAGCCUGGCUUCAUGGCGUCCUAACUUCUGCAGUCAUGAUGUAAUUUCCUGAUGAAAUAUUGAUGUGUAUGAAAUUUUGAAAUUAUUUUCUGUAGUGGCGAAGGAGACGAGAAACAACGACCCGUUAUCAUUCAUCGUGCUAUCUUGGGUUCAGUAGAGAGAAUGAUCGCCAUUUUGACAGAAAGUUUUGGUGGCAAAUGGUAAACAGCGCAAUAGAAACAUUUGUCUUGAAAAGUUGUUUUUGUGUGUUGAGAAGUUCAUUGGGGUUUUCUGUGAUCUUGAUUUUAGGCCAUUGUGGCUGUCCCCACGUCAAGCAAUUGUUGUUCCUGUUAGUAAUAAAUAUGAUCAUUAUGCAGAACAGGUAACUAUGAUUAGACUAGAGAUAUAUCUCAACACCAACACUAUCAUUACCCUACCAUUAUUACAACACCAUCAUCACCAUUCUAUCAUUACCCUACCAUUAUUACAACACCAUCAUCACCAUUACAUCACCACCAUCAUCAUCACCAUCACACCAUCAUCACCAUUACAUCACCACCAUCAUCAUCACCAUCAGCAUCAUCAUCACCAUCAGCAUCAUCACCAUCAGCAUCAUCACCAUCAUCAUCAUCACCAUCAGAUCAGCAUCAUCACCAUCAGCAUCAUCACCAUCAUCAUCAUCACCAUCAGAUCAGCAUCAUCACCAUCAGCAUCAUCACCAUCAAUCAUCACCAUCACCAUCAGCAUCAUCACCAUCAUCAUCACCAUCAGAUCAUCAUCAUCCACUAUCAAUACCAUCAUCACCAUGCUAAAAGAAUUUUUUGAGAGUUUAAAAUUUUGUGUUUUCCAGGUGCAAAAGAGACUUCACGAUGCUGGUUAUCAUGUUGAUACAGACCUCGACCAUGGCUGUACGUUGAACAAGAAAGUCCGCAAUGCUCAACUGGCUCAGUAUAAUUUUAUUCUUGGUGAGUUUGUAGCAUAGGGUUGUGAAACCCUUACACAUUCGGUUCUUUGUCCCCAAACGCUGCAUCGGGAGGGGCAACCGGUGUUUAGGACCUUUGUUAAAGUGCCUAUGACACGAAAUUUCACCCCAAAUGUUUAUGAUUGCAUUGUAAAGAUCACUUAAAAUGACUUAAUAAUAUCUUUUAUAAAAUUUCGGUAACUUGCUUCCUUUUCAAGAUAUUCAACUUUGUUUCAUCACAUCACAUAAUGAGUUUUCAGAAAAGUAUAAUUUUCUUGACGAAUACAUAUCUAAAAAAAACUUUAAAAAUUGCCCUUGUAUAUGUAUUAAUUUCAUAGCUAGUAAUUAACCCUCUGUAUUUGUUUGUAAAAAUAUUUUAUCAAGGUAAAAUAUUGCGUUUUCAAAAUGUCAUUAUGCGAUGUGAUGUCACACCGGUGAUAUUUGCAUAUGAAACAAAGUUGAAUAUCUUGAGAAGGAAGCAAGUUACCAAAAUUCUAUAAAAGAAAUUAUUAAGUCAUUUUAAGUGAUCUUCACAAUGCAAUCAUAAACAUUUGGGGUGAAAUUUCGUGUCAUAGGCACUUUAAAUGUAGUCGAAAUCAUUAGAUUAGUUGCAUUGCAUUGUCUGUCUCUUGCAGUGGUCGGAGAAAAGGAAAUGACGUCAGAGACGGUCAACGUGCGUACACGUGACAACAAGGUACACGGCGAGAAGUCGGUGACGGCCGUUAUCGAACGCUUCCGAGAACUGAUUCAAACCCGAAGCCGCACGAGCGAGGACGAUCUUUAA